AUGGACUUCUUGUCAGCAUGGAUUGUGUCUCCUUCAGCACUACCCUUUCUGUGUCUCAUCUGGGGCACACAGGCCCAGCAGGCGUUCAGGUCUGAGCCCAGGAACCUCACUGUGCGCAUGGGAGCCACAGCUGUGUUGAGGUGUGAGGUGCUGCGGGCCUCAGGGACGGUGCAGUGGGUGAAGGAUGGCCUCCUCCUGGGACCUCAGAGAAGCCUGCCAGGCUUUCCACGCUACAGCAUGAUUGGAAACCCCAUGAGAGGACAGUAUCAUCUUCAGAUUGAAAAGGCCCAACUGGAAGAUGACGCCUCCUAUGAAUGUCAAGCGGGCCAGUCUGAGACCAGUCAAGCAGUCAUUUCCAGUGCAGCCUGGCUUAACGUGUUAAUUCCUCCAUCCAGUCCAUACUUUGAGAUGGACAUGGCAACACCUUGGGUUGCAGGGAGGAAGUACACCGUCACCUGUGUUGCCCCUGAAGCAAAACCCAUGGCUAAAAUCACACUUUAUAAAGACGGAGUAGAGCUGACAGGUGCAGAGUCUUUCACCAUGUCUGGCUCAAAGGAUAAGCUCCUGAACACGCAUGCUGAAGUAACAGUCACCGCUCUGAGCUCUGACAACGGGAGGCAGCUGGUGUGUCAUGCCAGGAACUUGGACCUCUUCCGGCCUGUGGAAACCACAGUGACCAUGAAUGUGUACUUCCCACCUCAGCCUCCAGUAAUUGUGGGUCUGGAGAGAGAGGAAGUCAAAGCGGGGAGAAUGCUUGUGUUGGAGUGUGUGUCUCAUGGUGGAAACCCCCUAGCCACCCUCCACUGGACCAAGAACGGAGAAAUUCUGUCAAAGACUUGGGAAGAGGACGUUGUGUUGCAGAAGUCCAGCAGCAUCCUCAACCUGAAGAUCACCCCUGCUGACAACCAGGCAGAGCUGUGCUGUGAGAGUGCCAAUCUGGUGUCCCUAUCGCCUCUCUCUGUCAGCCGCAAAAUCACUGUGCUCUUUGAGCCCGCAGAGGUGAUUCUGUUGGGUUCAUCCGCGGUCAUUGAAGGACAGGAGUUGAAUGUGAGCUGCUUCGCCACCUCCAGUAAUCCCCCUGUCCAGAUUCGCUGGUGGCUGGGCUACAAGGAGCUCAACAACACUGUUGUCAUUACGGAAGAGGGAGACAAUGGUGGGAUGACUACCUUGUCCAACAUGACCCACCAGGUCUCCAGGGAGGAGGAUGGGCUUAAGCUCACCUGUGAGGCGUUCAACAAGGGCACUCGCUUCUCCAGGACCCAGAUGACCACACUCAGUGUCUACUAUCCCCCUCAAAAGGUAUGGCUUGAAGCUCCUCCUCAGGAUGUCCCCCUUCAUGCAGGGACCAAAGUCCGUCUCAUCUGCUUCUCCACUGGAGGGAAUCCCACUGGGACUCUGACCUGGUUCAAGAAUGGAAAGGCAGUGACUAAUGUGCUGAAGCAGACGUCCUUUGAUCGGGGUGUGGCUCGAGAACUGGUCCUGGUCCUGACGGCAAGUGACAACAUGGCUACCUAUCGCUGUGAUGCCAGAAAUGAGGCAAAGAAGACAAUCUCAGCCCAAACUAAGCUAAUGGUUCACUUUACAGCAAUAAGUAUGACGAUCACAACCAAACAGGAGGAGCUUCAUCAGGGCCAGAUGCUAACUCUGGAGUGCCAGGCUGGAAGCAGUAACCCCAAGGCCAACAUCUCCUGGAGUCUGGGCCCACUCAGGUUCCCGGGAGAAGAGCAGCCACCCAAGAAGGCUCAGUAUGGUGGUGUUUCAGUGAGUAGUUCUUUAUCCCUGAAUCUGAGUUCCCAGCAUCACAACCAGAAGGUCAUUUGCCAGGCCUACAGCCCUGUGCUAGCUGAGGGGACCAACACAUUCUACAAACUCAAUGUGCUUUACCCACCAGAGUUCAGCCCUCACCAGCCAACGCAGGUCCAGGUGUUGGAGGAUGACAUGGCAACCAUCCCACUGCUGGUCUCAGCUAACCCAGAGGAGGUCUCCUGCAUUUGGCUGCACCGCAAGGAGAAGCUGGUCAAAGAGGGGUCUCUGCACUACCAGUGGUCAGACGAGUACUCACUGGAGAUCAGGAAUGUGACGAGGAAGGAUGCUGGAGUUUACACUGUCAAGUGCAGAAAUGACGAGGGUGUCACCCAAACCUCCAUCCUGCUGGACGUUCAGUAUGCUCCCAGUGUCAAGGCAGAGAAAGACCCUGUGUUUGUGAACGUGGGGGAAACAGCAGACCUGAUAUGUGUGGCAGAUGCCAACCCCAUUAUAUCUGACAUGUUCACUUGGAAAUGGCUGGGAGAAGAGGAGGUGGAGAUGGGAGAGGAAACCCAGGAAGAUGAAUCAAGCCUUCUGGCCAUCCAUGACGUGACUCGGGCUCAUGCUGGUCUUUACCAGUGCACAGCCAAUAAUGGCAUAGCACCCCCUGCCAGUGUAGAUGUGCAGCUGGUAGUGCAGUUCAAACCAGAGCUUCAGAAAGGAGCCCAAUGGAGGAAGGUAGCAAGUAGAGGGGAUGGCACCACUACAGCUGAGGUAGUGUGUCAGGCAGAGGGUAUUCCUCGUGUCGACUUCUCUUGGGAAAAAAAUGGUGUACGCAUGGACUUUGCAAACCCAAGGUAUGAGGAGAGGACCGUGAGGGAGGGCUCCUUCCACACCAGCACAGUUCGAGUAGUAAAUGUGAGCGCAGCUCAGGACUACGCUGUCUUCAGCUGCACUGCUCGCAACUCGCUUGGGGAAGACAAGCUAGACAUCCAACUCGUCAGCACAAGUCACCCAGAUCCUCCCUCCUUGUUUCGACAAGUCAGUGUUACCCAUGACUCGGUCACUCUGGAGUGGAUCCCUGGCUUCAAUGGAGGUUUGCGGCAAAGAUUUCGUAUAAGAUACCUUUGGGAUCAGUCAGCCAGUUACCUCUACGUGGACGUCUUUCCCCCCAGGGCAACAGCCUUCACUGUCACCGGUCUGCAGCCUCUUACCACCUACAACUUCUCUGUUAAUGCCCUCAAUGCAAUGGGGGAGAGUGACUAUGCUGACAACAAUGCAGUACUGACCAUCACCACCAAGGAGAGGCCAGAACCAGGAGAAAUCCCAACAGAUGGUGACUCAGGCUCACAGAGUGCAACACUUUCAGCAUAUUUGACCGUAGUGUUCACAGUGGUGUUCGGAGUCCUGCUGGUGCUGAAUGCUCUGGGUUGCUUCUUUGGACUGAGAUGGAAAAAGAGGCAAGGCCAGACAGGGGGUAGAGGAGACAGUGUGUUGGAUGGAAAGAAGAACGAAGAGGAGGGGUCCAGUCAGUCAACUGUAAGCAACUCCAAUAAAUAUGAGAGCAGAGAAAAGAUCAACACAGCAGCCCAGCGCACCCUCCUCAUCGAGUCUGGAUCUGAAACAGACAGCAAUGUCUACGAAAGCUACGCAGCGGAAAGUUCCCAUUAUUAUUACCCCACCGGUGACUACAUGCCGCCUCUCAGUCCACAACCUGAGGAAACACGCAGGCCUGAUGUCACCCACCUCCCCGUCGACUCUCAAAGCCAUUUGUAUGAAGAUGUAAUAAGCGAUAGGGGUCUGUGCCAGGACAUCCGGACUUCCUCUCUUCCACCCCUUCCGUCCUUGUUUGACCACAGAUUUCCUCAUCAGAGGAACAACUGGAGAUGGCCAACCUACCUUCAGGGUGCCGAGAAAGUGAGGGAGUACACGGGUAUUCGACAACCACAGAGAGAUUCUGAUCUUCCCUUUGAACUACGAGGCGAGUUAGUUUAGAAUAAGAAGGUCAGAGCAAACAAAUACACUAUGACAGGGCUUAUGACUCAAUGGCGGCCAUUGAGUACAGCGUACAGCAGAUAUUCUAUAGUGUUAUUUUAUUCUUUUUGAACUGUAUCUCACACGUCACUUUGA